GCACUGUACAGUAUUGUUCUUUCACUUUUAAAACCAGGUCCUUCUUGAUAUACACCAGGCAGUUUGUCUCAUUGAAUGGAUUGUGACACAUUCCUGGGUACUAAAUGAUUGCGGAUGUAGGAGGAUGUGAACUGAUUUGGCAAAAUUCUGUGUUUAUGACCUUUGAGGAGGUUUGAUCAGUACAAGUAUGCUGUGACAUUAUCAACACCCCACAGGGUAUAGUUCCUUAUCAGUUAGGAAUGCAAGGACAUCUGUGAGAUUGAAGUGGUUCAACAGUAUGAGAGAGAGAUAACACAUUAUGGCAGGAAGACAUUGGGGAACAACUAUCCAUUUCCUUCUUGUUUUUAUGUUGGCUUCCUCAAUUGCAAGACAUAUUGGAGUAAUGUUACCAAAUGAUCCCACUGUUGCCUCUGGAACUACAGCUAACCUCACCUGCUGCCUGAAUGAUAUUUACAUGUACAAAUCAACAGACAUUGAAUUUGAACAACGAGGCAACCCUAUAGCAAACACCAAUCUAAGCACCACCAGGAGAGAUAAUUCUUCCUGCUCCACACUGUUCAUUCACAAUAUUCAGUGUAAGGAUGGAGGGAUGAUAUACUCUUGCAGAGCAGGAACUGACAUCAUUGGGCAGCAGUAUGUCACAGUAGGAUAUAACCUAAGGAGCCUAGAUUCCCGUCUUCACUGUGUCUCCUAUAAUGAGGACAAGUUGACAUGUUACAUAGAUAUGGACUCUAUGGUGACAACUACUGUUAUAAUGUCGUGGUCACGAGAUGCCAGUACACAGUAUAUUUGCCCACAUGAAGUUGAAAAUGAACACACAUGUAGGCAACAAUACAGCUGUACCUGGAAAAAAAACGAUGGUGUAGAUUCAUACUACAGCCAGGUUCCUAUCCAUUUAUCUGUGCGAGCUAACAAUAGCCUGGGAACCAAAACAUUUACCAAAACUGUUGAAGUGGGGUUUCACAUAGUGAAAUCUGAGCCUGUCCAUAACUUGACAUGUGAAGUGUUAAACAAUACAACAGCCCUCCUCACCUGGGCCUUGCGCCUGUCUGAGGACAUGGAAUGGAUUAGGAAUCAAAGUGGGGGAUUCCAGUUCUUAGUUCAGUGGAGUGGUGUGAAUGAUAAGCAAUACUGGAAUAAGACUUUUGUAUCCAUUAGUAACAUGUUGACCUUGAGUUUAUCCGACCUUGACCCCAAUCACCAUUACAGUGUGAAGGUCAUGGUAAAACCAAGAGGGGGACUGUACUGGAGUGAACCAAAGUCAUUGGAAUUCUGGACUAAUUUCACAGUGCCAAAGAGUGCUGAAGACAGUAGCAACAUAGAGGCUGGGAUCUUGGUUGCUGUUAUUGCUCCUGUUUUGGGGGGCUUUGGUGGCUUCUUUCUAAUAAUUUUGACUGGUUACACUGGUUACAAGGUUUGGAGGAAGACUAGAAAGGUUAUAUUGAUAGAGCUUCCGCCAGACAUUGAACAACAGGAAAAUCUUGAAAAUAUGGAUAGAAGCACAGUUGGUAACAGAUAUCUAUUGAUGCCAGCUGAGGAUCCAGUUACUGUACAGGGUAGCCAAGACAGUGGCAUUCUUACUGGUCAAGAUGAUGACAGUUCACAUAGUACAGGUACCAGCACUGCUCAGUCAUCAUUUGACCAGAUUUGCCCAAGAGCAGGACAGCUGCAAAACCAAACAUAUACGCAGACGAGCUCUUCAAGCAUCAUUGAACUCAGUGAAAGUACAUUGCAAGGUGAAAAAUUUAAAGAAAAUAUUGAAAGCCUCAGUGGAGAUACAUGUAAAUGCAAAAAUUGUAGAGAAUUAUUAUUCCUCUAUCAUGCCUCUAGGAGGCUUUGUUUAGUGCCAGAUGCCAUUAACAGUGAGAAACAAUUUAAAUUUCCGGAUUGCUGUGUUCAAGCAGCAAAGAAAAGACCAAAAUCUCCAGCCUCCGGUUAUGCUCUCCUGGGUGGUGUUGAUUUCUCAGGUAAAAGUCCUGACAACCUACCCCUUUUACCUGGAGAACCAGAUGAAGGGGACAGUUGGGAAUUGUCUUCAAAAGAAGAAUCUCUUGAAUUUGAACAAAAUUUAGUCAGUGAUUAUGGACUGUACAUAAAGUGGCAUAUCACUCAAACCAGGACUUCCCAAAGUGACCUUGAUGACACUGAUGGUGAUGGUGCAUGUAGUGAAAACUUAAAUGUUUGUGGAGUUACUAGUAAAGACUUCCAGANUCCCUUCGGUGCAGCCUGGGUUCUAAUAUACAGGUAUAUUGGCGAACAAAGUGGGCAGAUUUCUUAA